UGUCUCCAAACAAGUAUGGCGGCGCCCACGGAGCCCGAAAGCUCGACUGAUGCAAAAGUAGAAAAUGAGGAGAAAUCCGAAGAAGACGUCACUUUCAAAUCUUUGGGUGUGGUCGAUGUACUUUGCGAAGCUUGCGAGCAGUUGAAAUGGAAGACACCCACGAAAAUCCAGCGAGAAGCCUUGCCUGUCGCACUGCAAGGGCACGAUGUCAUCGGUCUGGCAGAGACUGGCUCGGGCAAGACUGCGUCCUUCGCACUGCCCAUCCUGCAAGCUCUGUUGGAGACGCCACAGCGCCUCUUUGCUCUCGUCUUGACGCCCACACGCGAGCUAGCAUUUCAGAUCUCCGAGCAGUUUGAAGCGCUCGGCGCCAGCAUUGGCGUCAAGAGCGCUGUGAUUGUGGGUGGCAUCGACAUGAUGACCCAAGCGCUGACACUGGCCAAGAAGCCUCACGUCAUAAUUGCCACCCCCGGUCGUCUUGUCGACCACCUAGAAAACACCAAGGGCUUCAACCUGAAGUCUCUCAAGUACCUGGUGAUGGACGAGGCUGACCGCAUCCUCAACAUGGACUUUGAAGAAGAGGUCGACAAGAUCUUGCGCGUGAUUCCGCGGGAGAGGCACACCUACCUGUACUCAGCAACCAUGACGAAAAAGGUCCAGAAACUGCAACGUGCUUCGUUGCGAGACCCAGUCAAGGUCGAAGUUUCCUCCAAAUACCAGACCGUGGAGAAGCUGAUGCAGUACUACCUGUUCAUACCAGCAAAGUUCAAGGAUGUGUACCUUGUUCACCUCCUGAACGAGCUGGCUGGGAACUCGUUCAUGGUAUUCUGCAGCACCUGCAGCAACACGCAGCGCACGGCAUUGCUGCUGCGAAACUUGGGCUUCACAGCUAUCCCACUCCACGGGCAGAUGGGGCAGGCAAAACGUCUGGGUGCCCUCACCAAGUUCAAGUCAAAGAACAGGUCCAUACUGAUUGCUACUGACGUUGCAAGCAGAGGCCUGGACAUUCCUCACGUGGACUGCGUGGUAAACUUUGACAUCCCAACGCACUCCAAGGACUACAUCCAUCGGGUCGGGCGAACAGCGCGUGCAGGCCGUUCUGGGAAGGCCAUCACUUUUGUGACACAGUACGAUGUGGAGCUGUACCAGCGCAUUGAGCAGCUGAUCGGCAAGAAGCUGCCCCUGUACGAGACAGUGGAGGAAGAAGUCAUGUCGCUUGUCGAACGAGUCACCGAAGCACAACGGUUCGCCAAGAUGGAGCUCAAGGAGCAGGAAGACAAAAAGAAGGGCGGAAAAAGGAGAAAAGCUGAUGACGAUGACGAUGCGGACGACACCGAACAGGCGCUCGGUGUUCACGAUCGCAUCGGCAAGAAGAGCAAGAAGAACGCUGGUGGAUUCAAGAAAAGAAAGAAGUGACUGGUGUAACAAAAGACUAGAACUA